CACGUGCAUGAAAAAUGAUCGAUAACAGGAAGUGCAAUUACGUCACGUGAAACAUGCCCGGUUGUAUUUUUGAUAGCGUUAGUUGGAGCAAAAGCGUUCCCACCGGGACUGUUUGUGCGCUUUGACCGUAGUUGGACGCAACUCACGUAGAAAAUGUUCCAGACGCUCGCUGGGCUCCUCCUGCGACAGCCCGCAGCUGUUUCACGGUCUGCCGCUGUGCGGAGCCUCUCCUCGGGCACCCUGAACGUCACUGCACCGCUCAACUUCUGGGGAGGAAAAAGGAGGACGAGCAGAGAAGAGGGCAAUGGGGAAAACGUAUACGAGCCUGCAACAGGGCGCGUCCUGUGCAGGCUGGAGCCAUGUGGGCCCUCGGACGUGGACCGGGCCGUGGAGGCGGCCAAGACGGCCGUUGGCCCCUGGAGUAGGAUGUCUGGGAUGGAGAGGGCAAAGGUCAUGAUAGAAGCGGCACGUAUCAUCGAGAACAGGAGAGAAGAGAUCGCCCGUAUGGAGGUGGUCAACAACGGGAAGUCCAUCACAGAGGCCCGUCUGGACGUGGACUCUGGCAGACUGUGUGUGGAGUACUACGCUGGACUGGCCUGCGGUCUGGCUGGUCAGCAUGUGCAGUUGCCAGGCGGCUCGUUUGCCUACACGCGGAGGGAACCUCUGGGGGUGUGCGUCGGCAUCGGGGCUUGGAAUUACCCCUUCCAGAUCGCCACGUGGAAGUCAGCCCCGGCGCUGGCGUGCGGUAACUCGGUGGUCUUCAAGCCCUCCCCGCUGACGCCUUUAACAGCGACCCUGCUAGCGGAGGUGUUUGCCGAGGCCGGGGCUCCGGAGGGGCUCUUCAACGUGGUGCAGGGCGGGCAGGAAACAGGCCGCUUGCUUUGCCACCACCCCGACGUGGCCAAGGUGUCGUUCACCGGGAGUGUGCCGACAGGACAGAAGAUCAUGGAAAUGGCGUCCAAAGGAGUGAAGCCUGUGACGUUGGAGCUGGGCGGGAAAUCUCCCCUGAUCAUCUUUGAGGACAGCGACCUGCAGAACGCCGUGCGGGGAGCUCUCAUGGCCAACUUCCUCUCUCAAGGCCAGGUUUGUAGCAACGCCACGAGAGUUUUUGUCCAGAGUGACAUCCUGCCCGAGUUUGUGGACGAAGUGGUGAAGAGAACCCGGGCCAUUGAGAUCGGAGACCCCUUACUGGAGACCACGCGGAUGGGAGCGCUGGUCAGCAGGUCUCAUCUAGACCGGGUCCUGGGCUUUGUGGAGCAGGCCAAGGAGGAGGGGGCCAUAGUGUUGUGUGGGGGUACACCCUUGGUCCCCUCAGACCCUAAACUGAAAGGUGGAUACUACAUGUCACCGUGUGUACUUGCUGAUUGCAAAGAUGACAUGACCUGCGUGAGGGAGGAGAUCUUUGGUCCCGUCAUGUGUGUGCUGCCCUUUAACACAGAAGAGGAGGUGCUGCAGCGCGCCAACGACACCUCCUUGGGACUCGCUGCAGGGGUUUUCACCAGGGACGUGCAGCGUGCCCACCGGGUGGUGCAACACCUCCAGGCUGGCUCCUGUUUCAUCAACAACUACAACAUCACCCCUGUGGAGGUGCCCUUCGGAGGCUUCAAGAUGUCAGGCAUCGGGCGGGAGAACGGGCAGGUUACCAUGGAAUACUACUCGCAGGUGAAGACUGUGUACGUGGAGAUGGGAGAUGUCGACAGCCUUUUCUAGACAACACCCGCCAAGACCAAACGAAACACUCUCAUGGCGUUAUCCAUCCUGACUUUGUUUCCAAUCAAGUACUUUGGGACACUUUGGGAGAAGCCAUGUCCUCCGCCACUAGUGCCAGGAAGUACACUCUUUUCAACUGUCCUUUAUAAGGCUGUCCAAAUUAACUAAUGGGAUUCAUCACAAAAAUUAUUUUUCGUGUAAACACUUAAAUAAUCAUGCAAUUCAUUUGGACCUUUUACCUUAGACGCUAUACCACAUGUGUCAAACUCAAGGCAUCCUUUUAUCUGGCCUGCAUACACCUGGAAAAUGAUUUGUGUCAAUAAAGUACCUCAUAUUUUCUCAA